GACCCUGUUUGGAACUUGAAUGAAAUCAAACCAAAUAAAAUGGAUUCGAUUGGAUUACAACUAUUGUCAUACAAAAUAAAGACCGCAGCUUUACCGGUACGAGUCAUAGGAGAAGCAUAGGCCUAAGUUUUUGUCAAAAAAAUUUCUUUAUAUUUUCCAGACCGAGGGUCGGUCUUUCGCAUCAUGGUUCUUUUUGAUCAGAUAUGUAACACAAACCCUAAAGUGUGCAGAUUUUGUGUGAAUGAGAAUGAUAAAUAAAGCAUGAUUCGUAGAUAAUGCAUGGAGUUAGCACUGCAUGCAGACUGAUCAAUGUAAACUAAGUUCCUCUGCGUCGACACGCUGUAAUCGGAUGCCGUGUAUCAUUGUGUCACUAAUUGAGGUUAUUAACUUCAACGAUUAAUGAUGACAGAGUGUUUUUCCUUACAUCAGAAGAGAAUGUGGAUAACUAUAGCCAUUUAUUUGAACUUGGGAUUUGUUCAUUCUUUGCUUUAUGUCGAGGAACAAAAUUUAAAACCUUAUAAAAUACUGGUGAGCAUGACUGACCCGACCAGCAUGCACAGUCGGACUAGUCAAAUGGCAGUAGUAUCAAAGGCUCUUCUUGAACGAGGGCAUUCUAUCACUCUUUUGGUCCCUUCAAACAAGGGUAUCAAAGGUUUUGAGGAAGCAUUCAACCAUGUGGUCGUCUACGACGUCGCUUUCAAGCAGCCUGAAGUUGACGAGUUAAAAGGGCAGAUGAUGCGGACUGCACUUGGGCUACCCGAUGACGAACCGGGAUGGAAUCUCCUACGGCCGUUGGCCAUCGUCGAUCGCUAUCUGACAUUCUUCACGAAAAGCUGCUAUGGUGUUUUCGAUAAUGAAACCAUCCUAGAACAACUGGAAAAAGGUGGAUUUGAUCUCAUGAUUCAGAACGCAAUCAACCCAUGCGACGUAUUGUUGUCUGAGAGCCUGAACAUACCCUACGUCACCAUGACGUCAUCGAUUCGGCAAACCUUCUUUGACGAGGACACUGUCUCCAUUCCGACACCUACUUCGUAUGUGCCCUUCUCCCUCUCAAAAUCUUUCACAGACGACAUGCCUUUCUUGCAAAGAACUUCGAAUUUUCUUUUCCGCCAUGCGAUUGGAUCUUGCAUGAAAUGGUACGCGCAUUCCUUGUUUUCAGAGAUCCAGAUAAAACAUGAUGUUUCUGUCCACAAGACAUUUGGCGAGCUAGUAGGGAGAUCCAAAUUAUGGCUUGCUCAUACUGAUUUCAGUCUAGACUUUCCAAGACCCAUUGGUCCUGCUUGGAUACCUGUCGGAGGGUUACUUCAUUCCGAGACUAAUCCCAUUCCUCAGGACUUGGAAAACUUUGUCCGCGGUGCGGGGAAACACGGUGUCAUCAUCUUCAGUUUGGGUUCCAUGGUUACGUCACUAAUGGAUGGUGAACUUGACGAACUUUUUGCCAAGGUGUUUAGCGAGCUUCCACAACGGGUUCUUUGGCGAUAUGUCGGGCCGAAGCCACGUGGCCUGGGAAAGAACACACGAGUAAUGGAAUGGUUGCCUCAAAAUGAUUUGUUAGGUCAUCCGCAGACACGACUCCUGAUCUACCACGGGGGGAUCAACGGCGUUUACGAGGCCAUCUACCACAAGGUUCCCAUGGUCUUGCUACCAAUCUUUGCUGAUCAGCCCGCCGUGGGGGCUCGAGUAUCCAAGAAAGGCAUGGGGGUUGUCUUGGACAGGGCAAAGCUGUCGCACGACACCAUCAAGGCUGCCAUAGAGGAAGUCAUCAACAAUCCAAGGUAUAAAGCCAAUAUCGAACAUUACGGAUCCAUCCACCGCGACACCAUCGCCAGUCCGCUAGAAACCGCGGUUUUCUGGAUCGAGCACGUACUCAAAUUCGGAGGCGAUCACCUACGAUUAAGAGGUCGAGACCUGAAUUUCUUCGUCCUAAAUUCAUUCGAUGUCCUAGCCUUUUUCAUAGUUAUAUCCCUCGUCACCCUCUGUACUAAUUAUCUUAUACUUCGAACUUGCUAUCGAUGCUGCUGUAGCAGAAACACUCGGAAACAAAAGUCUGAAUAGAAGAUGAACGAUACCAAUGUCUUCUAUUUUACAUACGUCUUUGACCAUUUUAUUGUAUAUAAAAUUAUGGGAGAUAUUCUAUCUUGUUGAUGGAAUUAGCUGUGCACCAAUGUCUAAUAUAUGGAAUGAAACAUCAGAUGGCCAGUUUGGAUUGCACUGUAUUAAGUUCAUUAUGAAAGCAAUACCACCACUCUUUAUAAAGUUUAUUUGUUGCAAUUGCAAAUUUGUGUAUGUAAGCGUGAGGGUGGUGUGUGUACAGUGACUCGCGUUCGGGGGGGGGGGGGGUGUGAGGGUGUGUGGGGGGAUGCGCGCAUGUCUCUGAGAGGGUCUAGGCAGCCCUUAAAAAAAUAAUCGAAACAAUCGAGAAAUACCCGACUCUGGAACAAAAUUUGCCAAAAAUCAUAUCAGAUAAUUCUGUAUUCUGACAUUUUAUUAGAAUUUGUGUUUUAAAUCCAAUUUAUUUUGACACUGACGGAGUACUUCAUUUCACAUAUCAAUUCUCUGCAUAUACUAUGAGAUUAAUUCUCUCAUCUGUUUUUCCCAUCGGAAUUGAAGUCAAAUCUAGCUGUGUAUGAUGAUUAAUCGAUACCGUGGGGAAAACAAACAUCAUGUGAGGUUUUUUCAUUUCAUAUUUCGUUGUACAAUAAAAAAAAAUUGCAUCAGUAAUGAUUAUAAAAAAUAGAACUAUUGUCAAUAUCAAUUUACCAAUAAGUGAAAGUAUUCGGAUGCAGUAUCCAUUUGUGAAGGGUUUUAUAAAUCGUGAAUGUGAGACUAUUAUGAAAAAAUUUUUAUCAAAAGAAAUUAGUCCAAAUUGCAAUUGUCACAUUCACGCAUAUGUUAUUACUUGCAAAACCAUAAAUUAGCUGUUAUGCCGACCGAAAUCGUCUCCAAUCCAACCAAUCAAAUCUGCGUUAUCAGAAUUUCUUUAUCCAACCCAAUAUUGUUUAAAAUAUGAACCAAGCAAAAAAAAAAAAAAACAUAUUACACCAUAUCGUUGGGUUUUGAGUUGGUUUCGUUGGCGUGGCUGUGUCAUUUUACCCAAGAUGAAAAAUAAUAUGAGGUUUUACGUAAAUGGGAUGAUUUGUUACCACUACAAUAAUACCACAUGCUUUGAAGUCACGUCCUGAUUGAAAUUUAUUGCCAAGAAAAAAUUCAAAAUCUUCAUAUUGAUUAAGCAAUGCAUUUUCACAAUUUUCGUCUCCGAUCGUAAUAUUUCAUUUAUGAAGCUGACUUUGCAUUGUAUAAGCUAUGCAUUGAGUGAAUCCACCUAUUUCCACAUUAAUAUUAACAUUUGAUCCGUCUCUUUAAAAAUAUAUGUCAAUAAUUGUGGCCUAUAAAAUAAAAAAAUAAUCUAUGUUUGUACACUUUCUUAAUUCUCAGUAUUUCUAUCGAAUGUAAAUUACGUGUAAUGAUCAUGUGUUAUUUUUUCUUCUGUUGGAAAUGAAUAAAUAUGAAUUUGAAUAUGAAA